AAUUGAAUUGAAUUAAAUUCGUUAUUGGAAUAUUUUUUUGUGGAAGCGGAAGAGGAAAAACAUUUAAACAUGGUCUUGAAAGUUUACAUCAGUGGAAUGUCUGGCAACAAGGAGGUGAAGAAACGCCAGCAACGUGUCCUCAUGAUCUUGGAGAGUAAAAAUAUUGCAUAUGAGGCUAUCGAUAUUACCGAACCCGGCCGUGAGGCUGACAAAGAAUUCAUGCAAAACAAAUCGACCAGCAACGGGGCCACAGUCAGUGACCCAGAGCCCAGACAUCCCUUGCCCCCACAAAUAUUCAACGACGAAGAAUACUGUGGUGAUUACGAUGCCUUCGAUAUGGCCAAUGAAAUCGAUACAUUGGAACAGUUCCUGAAGGUGGCGCCACCGGUAGAAGAAACACCAGCCGCCGAAGAAAGUACAGCACAGAAAGAAGAAAAUGCUGAAGCAAAAACCAAUGGCACCAACGAGGAGGAUGGCGAAAACAAAGAGAAUGAAGGUGGACAAGAAGACGACAAAACUGCCAAGAAUGCCGGUGAAGAUGGCGAAAAAGCUGAGCACAAAUUAUUGGCCAAGGCAAUAAUGCGCCCACCGCCAUCUAUGCGCCAAGCAGCAACCAAACUCAUCGUAGUAAUGAAAGUUUCAAUAAAAUUUUUAAAGAAUGCUGAUGACAAAUCAGAGACCAAAGAAAAUGGCGAAGAUAAUGAGAAUCCUGAUUCGGAAACUAAAAAGGAUACGACAGAUAAUACAACAACCAAAGAAGAUUCCGAGAAAACCGAGAAGAAGGAGGAGAGUAAAGAGGAAACUACUGAUGAAAAUAAAUCAGAGGAGGAGAAACAAGAAACGACGACAACAACAACAACGGAGGGCAAUGAUGAGCAGGAUGAUACAACAAAGAAAGAUGGAAACACAGAGAAUGAUGAUACCGAUGGCCAAGAAAAAGAAAAGAAGGUAGUUGAAUCCGAAGAGGUCACCGAAGAAAAGAAGGAGGAUGAAACUACUAAAGAAGACGAAGAGGAGAAAAAGGACGAAACAGAUUCUUCGGAAAAGAAAUCCGAUGAAAAGCAAAAUGCUGAGGAGGAUAAGGAUAACAAGGAAGCUGAAAAUGUAGAUAAGAAGGAUGAAACAGACUCAGCUGAAACCAAAUCCGAGGAGAAAGAAGAUGGUGAAGAACAGGAGGAGGAAGGUGAAUCCAGUGACGAUGAAGAUAAGAAAAAUGAUGAAUCGGAUUCAACGGAAAAGAAUACGGAAGUAAAGGAAGAUGGAAAGAAAAAGGAAGAAUCUGAAAAUGAAGAAAACAAGGAUGAAACGGAUUCCGGAGAAAAGGAAACAAAUGCAAGCGAAGAAACUAAAGAUGAAACAACUACAAAUGAGGAAGCUGAUGUUAAAACUGAAACUGAAAAAGAUGAAACCAAAAAUCAAGAAGUAGAUGAUAAAGAUAAAACUACCGAAAGCGAGGAAGUUAAUGAGGAAAAAGUAGAGGGCGAAGUUAAAGAAUCUGAAAAAGAAGAAGAUGUAACAGUAAUAGAAGAAGAAUCCAAAGAGAAGGAGGAAGAAGAAAAGAAUGAUGAAGACGUGAAAGAAACCAAAGAAGAAGCAAGUGAUAAGGAAGAAACCAUUAAUGAAAAGGUAACUGAAGAUGUUGAAGAAAAGAGCGAAGAAACAUCGGAAAGUCCCAAGGAAGAAGAGGAUCAACAAAAUGAUGAUAGCCAAAAUGAUUCUAAAGUCGAAAAAUCAUCAGAAGAAACGGAUGCUAAAGAUGACGAGAAAAAACCAGAAGACGAAGAAAAAUAA